AUGUUGUUGCGCUGUAAGCGUGUUUCAUUCUGUCCAACUCCUCCACGUGAACCAACACAUAAUGUCUUACAAGAUGGUGAAGUGAUAGCCACAGUACAUCCUCACAUGGAACCAGUGGAGAAACCAUUAAGACCAUCACAUUGCGUGGCUGGUUUUGGUGAUGGAACCGUAAGACUCUUUGAUCUUGGAAGAGUUGAAAUGAUUAUGAAAAUAGAUCCUCAUUCUGGGGGCGUUACUGUUAUCAAUUUUUCUUCCUGUGGUCGUGUUUUUAUGAGUGGUAGUACAGAUGGUGUGGUAGCCAUAAGUAGUCCUGCUACUGGCCUCACUGUCCGUUUGAUCCAAGAUCAUAAGGGAGCACCAAUCACUGAUAUGGACAUUGCUUCACAUAAGAACGAUCAUCUAUCAUUCAAUUCUCCCAGAUUGUGGCUUAUUGCGAGCGCUGAUCGUAGGGUUAGCGUAUGGAAGGCGGAUUGGUCGAAGGAUUUCUGCGAGCUUGUUGAUUGGUUAACUUUUCCCGCUCCAAAUAUAACACCUGAAGGAAUUGCUUUGAAAAAAGACGAUGCGUCUGCGUAUUUGCAUCUACCGCCAAGUUUGGCAAGAUUCUCGCCAACAGAGCCCGAUGUUAUUGUGUACAGUGGUUAUGGUCUGAGAAAACUGAUACAAUUCUACAGCUUGUCCCAGAGAAAGGUUUUUCGAACUAUUUUGUUGACACAAUGGGCUUCUUGCUUGGAAAUAUCGCCUAAGGGUCAUUUAAUUGCUGUUGGAACCAAAGAUCGACUAGUGAAAGUAAUUGAUUAUGAUAAAGGUAGCUUUCAAGAUUUCGAUAUGCAUUGUGACUCUAUUAGCCAUGUGACAUUUUCUCCGACCGGAGAUAAACUGUUUUCCGUUGGUUUUUCGGAUGUUGCUUUGUGGAAGGUGUUGAUAUAGAGAGACGUCCUUAUUACACAAUCUUGGCAAAACAAUAUAAAGUCGACGGCUGGUGCGCUAUAGUCUAUGACCCGUCAAUUUAAAAACUCGACAUUUUAUCGGCUUAUUGAGAGCAAUAGAGAGAUAUGCGUAAAAUAUAAAAUAUAUAUACAUUCUUAUUUAUGAAAGGAAAGUAAAACCAGCAAAAUUUUGUUUUGUUUGUUAAAGAGCAAAAGAUUCUUGUUGCAAGAAAGAAGCAUGGAAUUCAUGGCUUGAGAGAGACAGCAAUAUAAUAGAUGAUUUUUGCCAAUAUAAAAAAGCUUCCAUACAAA